UGUAUAUUUUUGUUUCAAAUUAAAUUAUUCCUUCAAUUCACCUUCAAUUAUUUAUUCUUAUUAUUAAUUUCCCAUUUUCCAAGGAUAAUGAACGACAACAGGCCCAGUAUUAUUUUUAAUCAAAGCAGCGGUGCUGUGGGAUCCACAGACUUGUCAGCGGCUGUAUUGAAUCCAUCUGACGACGCUGCCGAGUCUGAACGCCCGAUUAAGUACAGGCGGCCCAACACAAAUACCCCGCCGAAUACUCUCUCACUGCCCAUGAUCGAGGGCGAUUUGCUCGACAAGGCGCGCAUGAUAGUUGUCAUUGACACCAACUAUUUUCUCGACAACCUGCCCCUGAUCAUGUCGCUUGCAACUAUUGCUCUCACCCGGGAACUGGUUAUUGUAGUUCCCUGGAUAGUAAUCCAAGAGUUGGAUGGACUCAAGUCGUGCAAAAGGAUGAGUACGCGCCCCAACAGGCCAUUACAGGAAGUUUCCACGCUGGCACGCAGUGCCAAUCGAUAUCUCGAUGAUGCACUCGGGCGGCAGGGGAAUGCACUUCGGUGCCAAAGGCGUUCAGAGUAUUUGAGGAACGAAACAAUCAACGAUGACAAGAUUCUCGAUUGCUGCUUGUACUUUAUUGAAAAAUGCAAGCUUCCUGUGGCCAUUCUCACGCAAGACCGCUCAUUGAAUGUCAAGGCGCGCGCUAAUGGGUGCGCGACCUGCGGAGAUUGGGCUAUGGACGCCCAGGGAUUGCUCAAUAUUAUUGAGAACUCGCUGCUCAAAUCCGAUGAUGCUGUGCAGGUGCUUCCGCCGGAGAGUAGCGUCUAUAGAGGGGUUGCUGCUGCAGGUGCGGCUAGGGCACCGCCAUUGAUGGCCAAGGUGGCUGGGAAACUCAGAAAGAUUGCUCGCGCUCAUCCAUAUAAAGUACCUAGAAAGCACCAGCAAAAGGGGUCACUUGUCACCAUUCCGACGACACAUUGCAUUCCUUGGGAUAUGACAACCAACGGCAACGACAACGAUCCAGAUAUUAUGGAGCAAAGUCGGUCUAAAAAGGCCCGUGUAUCUCCCAGUUCGCCUCACUUGACCAUGCAGUUACGCUCAUCAGCAACACAUCAGCAACAUCAGCAAUGGCAACUGCAGCGACAGAGUAAAAAUAAGAAUAAGAUACAGCAACAGAACCAGUCAUAUGGCAUUGUGAGACCAGUAGCAUUCCAAGCGAUACAGAACAACCUAUUUGGAAAUCAGGCCAGCGCAUUCGAGCAUCCAGUGUCUAGCCAAAUGGCAGGUCCUAUGACCAAUGCACUUGCACAUGACAAUAGAAACAUUUGUCAUGCACAUUCCGGACUCGGACUUUUUAAUAUUUCGUUGUUACAGCAGCAACAGCUUCAGCAACAAAAGCUUCAGCAACAACAGCCUAUUGUUAUCGAGGACUCAGACGAUGAGAUGGAUGUCGACGAGAUCGAGAUUGUUCACUCGACCACUCGCCCCGCAUCAACAGAAACCAGCCUCAGGUCUGCUCCGGUGCCCGGCCUAGCCUCCCUAAAGCGCACACUGCCAGGGUUGGGCACUGCUUCAACUCUGCAAUCGCCUAUUCCCGGGUUGACCCUGCUGACCUCCUCUACAAGUGUGCUGCCACAGAAGCAAACUCAGCGCACAUUGCCAGGGCUGGCCACCGCCGCGGUCCCGCGCACUCCUGUUCCGGGAUUGACCCCGGGUAUAUCCUCCACAGUCGCGCAGCCGCAGCCGCAGAUGCAGACGCAAGACCAGCGAACGCCAAUUCCAAAUAACACCAGGGGCAACAGCGACACUCCAGUCAUUAUAUAUCUGGACGACUCGCCAAAUAAGGAAAUCGGCCUGGUUAACACCGCACUCGACAUCUCGGUCGAAAUAGUGAGGUAUAUGCGCAGCAGAACAGGCUGCGGGCUGUACGAGGUCCUGCUUGGCCAACUGAAGAAGAAGCUGCAACCGCAACCGACGUACGCCGAAAGUUGGUCAGAUGUUUUGCAGCGCAAGUUUUUGCAGCCACCGUGGAAAUCGACAACCACGAUUCUCACUGUCAUUUUGUGCUACUGGGGCUCCAUCAGCCAGGCUUUCCACAAGCGCGACCACAAUGCUAUUCGCCGCGUGCUGCCGUGGGUCAUGAAGCUCGAGGGCGUCGCUGUGUGCCCCUUCACUUCGCAGUCGCUGCCACCAAAUUUGAGCUUCCAGCAGCUUCCAAUUUCGCUGCGCAGCACUCAGCCAGAGGACAUGAAUCGGCAGAUCGAAGAGACCGUGCAGCUAGUCCAGCUCGCCAACAGCCUGCUAACCCAGUGCGCCCUGGUCGAAAACAAGCAGCAGGAGAACCAGCGCCACCAUUUUUACAACAAGUGGUCUCAGUGGCUCAAAGACAACAGCUGAGAGAAAUGCAAUGUAAUUUAAUAUUGGUGAUCACGCCGAUGAUCAGUCGUACUUUUUUUUCUGUGUAGUUUUUUUUUCCUUUGUUGCUCACUGGGCGACAGGUACGAAAAUUCGCAAAUGUGACGGACCAGCUUUAUAUGAUUUGAUUUUUGCACCGCACACCCAAACACCUUUGCGU